GUCGAGUGGAAAUAGACACUAAACAAGGCCGAGGCCAUCCCCUAGAACAUUGGCCAUCAACCCCAGUGUCUUUUUCCUGCUUGGGACAUAAGUGAGAUCCUGAGUCCAGCAUAACAUAAUCUACAACGACUUUCAUUUAUGGAAGAUUGCUUUCAGAGCAGAAGGAUACCUACCCUAAUGGCUGAUCAGGACCCCGACUCUAGCCAACUGCCAUCCCCAACCCGACCUCCUGCAGCAUCUGGUCCAUUUCUUUUCGUCAACAAGAAUGCAUCCAAUCUCAGAACCCGUAAGAGGGAAGAGGUCUUUGCCGUCAGGAGUCAUGCCAUGCAGAUUGCCCGAAGAACGAAAAAGCAGGCAACUGCUGCAUCGAGUGAGUCGGCCAGUGCCAAUCAAACCGAAAGUCCUUCCAGGAGUGGUGCUACUUCAUCUGGCGAGCUUCCACAACACAAUGGUGAUGCCGGUGACAAGAUUGAGGAUCACGGUCCAGCCAAGCACUCCUUUGCAUCUCCUUUAAGACUUCAGUCACCCACUAGGAGAAAACGAGUCGUGGAGAGUCCUCGUCUGCAGUCAUCUGCGGCACUCCGUUCCAAGACCUCCAGCCCAUCGUCUUUCACAGCUGCACAUCCCAGGCCAACAGGAUCUGCUGUGACGACGUCGGAUCUCCGUCUUCCCUCUGACUAUGUUGCGUUUCUGACCCAAUACGUUCAAAGCACAGAUCCUCAUAGCCCAAUUGGACAUGGGAGUUCCGACCCCUUUGCAGCCGCAGCCUUGCCGAUAUCCAGCUUCUUCAAUUCGCUGAUCAAAUUAUGGCGCCUGGGGUUCAUGUCCAAUUUCUGGCCUGCUUCCAUCUACCUUGAUCCAACACAUCCCAUCUCUCGUUUGAUGGACGACUGGUUACAUGAGGCCGUCAUAUGCAAUGAGGCCAUGCUCCAUGGGUUGUUUGCAGGAGCCUUGAGUUUCGUGACCAACUAUUCUCCUCCAUCGGCGGCAACACCGGUCCUCUUCGCUAAAGGGGUUCAUCAUCAUGGGAAAUGUUUGGAAGCCACUCGCGCCAGGUUGGCUUCACCCGACAUCGCUGAAGAAGAGGCUUUGAACAUGAUGCACCAAUCUGCAACUUACAGCUUUCACUGCGGCGAUGUCGAAGCCAGCGACGUCCAUCGAACCGCCAGCAUUCGAAUUUUGGAAAACAUCGAGAACGGGCUUGAAAAGGUGCACAUGCUACUCAAAUUGUUUCUGAUUAUAUGUGACAUCCUCAUGGCCAGCCAUUUGCCCAGAAGACCUUCGAUAGAGUUGAAUAGAUGGGCACCUCGAUCUUGGCAUGAGGAGGAAGAUCUGCGAGAGAUGACCGACAUUUUCGCGUUCGAUCCAUCGCCAUACAUGAGCAGCGACCGACAAGUCUUGGGGAUUUCAGGAGCGCCAUGGAAUCCUGCAGGUGGACAGAUUCCAUUGCAACUUCUCUCUCUGCUUACUCUACAUCGUGAAGCCCUGUACGCCAAUCGCCUUGCUAUGAGCUUAUCCAACGAUAGCACAGAGAGCAUGCGUGCUAAUACAAUCUUCGAAUGGCUGGCUUUACGCCAAUACGCGUUGGUCGGACUCGAUGUGGAAAUGUACAUGGACAUGAUUGAAACAGAAUCUCACAUGCCAGCCGAUUUCGAUUCCCGACUCUCAUGGCAACCGAGAUUACAACAGGUUCUCAACAGUUGCCUUCUUCUUGCGGCCAGCUACACGUUUCAAUUCAUCAUGCGCACUAGCAGGGCCAAUUGUUGUGUAGGAUAUAUACCCAUCCAUCACUUACAGGACAGGCUUACAAUGUUGAUGGGCUUGAUGAGCGACGCACGCCGCAUGGGACUUGGUUCAGGACCAUCUUCUCUCGUCCGGUCUGAUACUCUGUUGUUCCUGUUGUUGCCGGGCGCGGUCAUAGAGGAGAGUGGCAACGUCAGGCGAAAUUGGAACGUCGCUGCAGCUGCAGCGAGCAUGCACCAAGGCGGCACAUCACUCAGUGGGCUUCCUUCCCCUUCAGAUCCGGAUCAAAGCCUGUUGCAUACCAAGUGGUUCAGUGUCCACUUUUCAAUGGUGUGCCACAAACUUGAAAUCAGCAACUGGCAGCAAGCCAAGGUAAUAUUGGAGAGAUACAUCUACGACGAUGCUAUUUUGGACUGGCUAGUCAUGAGACUCGUCUCCAACGCUGGGACCUUGUUGACGACAUUAGGGUUCAGCUCACCAGACACGUCGGAAGUGACAGGCAGACGAGAAAGUGAAGGUGGUCCUCCGAGCCAUGUCAUGCUUUCCAGACAUGGAUCAUUCGGUGCAGGCGAACCGGGAAUUGCUCCAGAGCGAGGGACAACGUCUUCUUCUAUGGGUUUAGCGAGACCAUUGUCACCACAACAGGUCGUACCCAUUCAUUCUCCACUGCAAUCAACGGCGGUCGCAGGAUCUCGAGCAUCGAGUAUAAGUACACCCUAUUAUCUGGGUCAUAUGAAUGUGCGAGAGCUUGCCAAGUCGGCGGAGCACGACUCAUACUUUGCGCUGGGCGGUGGGUGGGAAAGUAUGGAUCCAGACGUGGCUAAUAAUUCUUUGGAUUAAACAAGGGUGGGAGGCAAGAUACGGCAUGGGUUGAGAGAUGACCUUGUGAGGUAUAGAUCUUCGGCCAAGUCUGUAUCUCAACUCUGAUCGAUAAUUGGGAGAUACAACAACUCAGCAUGUCUAUUGCGUCUGGUUUCCACGUGUGGGAGGUCAAGGUUGGGGUUGUCAUGAGGGAGAACAAGACUGGGUUAGGUGAGCUGGAUGAGCUGGAUGGUUUUGCACGGUACACACCGUGGUCUCUAGGUAUAGCGCAGUGGCAUAUACGAUUGGUACGAACAGAAGCCUGUCUUUCGGGCCAUGGAUACAGUACCAAUCUCUGAUAUCUGGAUCAUAUCAAACGCUAUG